UAUAACAAAAUAAGUCAUUCGUUUUUUUUUCUUUUUCUUUUCCCUUGCUACCUAUACUUUUUCAGCAACCAAACUGAUCCUCCCGAAUUCCGAACAUGGAAGAGAAAACCGUGACUGCGAUAACGAACCCAAAGUCCACUCAAGAGCUGGCAAUGGAUGGCCAGAAGCUUCUAGAAGAAACCAUAGAGUCCGCCUUUCAUAUCCUCUCUUCCAUGAACGACGAGCUCUGCAACCCCGCCUUAUGGUCCACCAUUUCUUCUGCUUCUUCUUCUUCUUCUUUAUCGUCUACUACUAGUACUUCUAAUAUAAUCUCAAUUGCUAAUGGUCCUUCGCAAUCCUCGAACGGUAUCGCCAAUGGCGACGCGGCCUCUUCCGAUACGCAUCACGCAGAGAGUGGUGGUGGUAGUGGAGGAGCGCUCGAAGAGGCACGAUUUCGGUAUAAGAGUUCCGUGAACUCGCUUCGUGCAGUUCUCGCCGCACUCCCCAACUCUCAGAAAGCGAAAGCGUUUGAAUUGGGUUCAACUCCAAGUGGUCCGCUAUCCCCAGCAGGUCAGGAUGAGAUUGAGAAGUUAGAAGAGCGAGCCUCUGGUUUAAGAAAGGAACUUGCAAGCAAGAACAGGUAUCUCAAGGUUCUCAUAGAUCAACUACGAGAUCUUAUUACUGACGUAUCCACAUGGCAAAGCCCUUGUUCCAUCUGAAGUUCUGGACAGAUACAGUCAUCUUGAGAGACCAUGCCUGAGAAUAGAGACUUGAUACACUACACUCUCAUCCUAUUUUGAUUAUAUUAAGUAGUAUGUGACACAUUCAUUACCAUUAGAUGAUAAAGAAGCAUGCUAUAAAUGAUCAUUUAAUGGUUUAUAAAAUGUAUCACAUACUACUCAGUAGGAUGGAAGUGAGAUGAUAAUAUGGUGUAUAGAAUUUUCCUUUACAUAUAUUCCUUUUAGAGGUUAAAAAGGAGGAAAAUCAGGUUUCAUAGAGUGAAAAUUAUAUCAGACAUUUUGAAUGAAAAAUAGAGUAGUGAUCUUGUAUAUCCUGGCACAUUUAACAUUAUGAAUUAAGUGCUUGUUGAAAAGGAUUUCAGGUA